GGGGAGAUUGGUCUAUAACGGGCCCCUCGGUUAAAACGGGCCCCACGAUUGGCACGACACCAAGCGGAUUUUUUCGGUGACUCUGAAUGCAAAUAGAACCAGCUUAGUUUAAUGAAUAUGCAUGAUUGUUUACAUUGCGUUAAUAAUUGACAGGGUCUUGUAAAAACGUUUCGAAUCAAUUAUAUCAAUUUCUCUUGUUUUAUUUGACGUUACGAAAUCACAGACCUACAAGUCAUAUCGUCAUAUCGAGUUACAAGCUUCUUCAAUAAAAUGGGACGGUAUAAAAGAACAACUGAAAGACAAACGUGGUCAGAGACAGGUAUGGUCAAAGCAAUUGAAGCAUUACGUACAAAAACAAUGGGAUUAAAGAAAGCCUGUAAACUUUUCAGCGUACCCCGUUCAACACUUCAGCGGAGGUACAAGUCAAGUCUAGCAAGUGGAGCAGCAGCUGCAAAAAGACUCGGCUCAAGGUGCAAUGUAUUCGAUACGGAAACUGAACUGGAACUUGUUCAGCAUAUAAAAACCAUGGAAAGUAUGCUUUUUGGUUUCACACCUAAGCGCUUACGAAAACUCGCAUAUCAACUAGCGAAAAGUAACAAUAUCCAUGAAAGAUUCAGUUCUGUCAAAGAAGAAGCAGGUCUGGACUGGUAUAGAGGAUUUAUGUCACGACAUCCAGACCUGUCUUUAAGAAUGCCAGAGCCAACUUCUUCGGCACGGGCACAAGGCUUCAACAAAGUUGUUGUUGACCAGUUUUUUGAUUUGCUCACUGAGUUACAGACAAAGCACCACUAUAGUCCAGACAGGGUAUACAACUGUGACGAGACUGGUUUCACAACUGUGCCGAACAGACCUUCCAAGGUGAUAGCAGCUCGGGGCAAGAAGCAAGUUGGCAGCUUGAGUUCGGCAGAACGUGGUCAGUUAGUGACAGUGGAAAUAUGCAUGAGUGCAUCAGGUAAUUUCAUCCCUCCUAUGUUUGUGUUUCCGAGAUGCCGAAUGAAGCCUGAGUUACUUGAUGCUGCACCACCAGGAUCCAUCGGUGUAGCCCAUCCGUCUGGUUGGAUGCAAACUGAUUUGUUUCUGAAAUGGUUUGAACAUUUUGUAUAUCACAGUCAUUCGUGUGCCGAUUCACCAGUACUGUUGAUCCUUGAUGGACAUAAAACCCACACCUUAAAUCUUGAUGUUAUCAAUCUUGCUCGUGAAAAGUGUGUUUCUCUCCUAUGUUUACCACCUCAUUGCAGCCAUCGGCUACAACCAUUAGACGUAAGCUUGAUGAAACCACUCAGUACGUAUUACACUCAAGAAGUUGAGAAGUGGUUACUUGUUCACCCAGGUAGAAUAGUGACUACUCUGCAAUUACCUGCGCUCUUCCGAGAGGCUUAUCUUCGUGCAGCCAGUGCUCUGACUGCAGUCAAUGGGUUUAGAAAAACUGGUAUAUGGCCAAUCAAUCGUGAUGUCUUUCAAGAUGCAGACUUUGCUGCUUUCAUUGCCUACAGAUAUUCCAAGAUUGGAACAUGA